AUCUGGCCAACAGUUAGGUUUCAGAUAUCCGUACGAGACUAUGACCUUAAGUGACAGCUGCCUGCGCACGUUGAACACAAACGUCACAGAAUGCUCGCCCGGACUGUUUUACCACAGCCCUAAUCCUGAUCUGAUAUUUGAAACACUUGUAAAUGAAGAGUUGGCCGAGAUUUGUCAUGAAAUUUGCUACAAGAGCUUGUUGGAGCUUCGGCCAAAGAUCGAGUCCGCAUGCAACACCGAAAUGGAUGCUGUGGCAUUCCUUUAUGAGGACAAAAUAUUCCCACCAACAUAUAUGGUCGAUUUACUACUCCUUUUGUUCAAUGUGUAUUGCUACCGAGACAGAGUUACUGGGAAAUUGUGUGAUCUUCAAUUCGCAGAAUGGCGAAUCCAUCGUGAAUCGGAUAAGCCACUCGAGUGCGAGGACUGUAUGCUCGGGCCAUUGAAGAUACAGUUGCAGGCAGGUAUAAGUUACAACAAUGAAGAUGCAUCCGAGUUUCAGGAGAUGACAUCAAGUUGCGAUGCUACAGGGUACGAGUACUCAAAACCUGCUCCAUAUGCGACGACACUGUCGAGUGAGUCUUGGGCAACAAUGGCGAAGAGUCCUUCGACAACACCUACACCUUGAUACAGUAUCUAAAAAAGACAACCAUCUUGACCUGGCUUGGGAGAAAUUUAUGUACACCUCAACUAGACAGUAGUCAAGUGCUCUGCAAAUGGCGUGUCUACUUUAACCCGAGUGUCAGUGAGUCCCUGGACCGCCCAGGUGCCAGCCUGACAGGGAUGCUU